AGUGCACUUACUUCAGAAGAUGAUUCGGAAGAUGAUUCGGAAGAUGAUGCAAAGAAUAUAGCACUCUUGGAUGUAUAUUAUCCAGAAGAGAUUAAUUCUCGAUAUAUAAUUCGGGUCGCAGGAAAAGGCUUUACAGUAAUAGAUCAUCCUUCUGAAAUUUAUAAAAUACCGGAUGCACAUGAAUGCAUUAACGGGAACCAGCCCCUUCGUUCUAUAUUAAAUAUUGAUGCAAGACAAAAACCAGAUCCUGCAAAUCCAGAACUUCCUUCUUUAGAUGGCGAAAAAAUUACUCGUGAUGAUUUAAUGUCUCGAAUUUUAAUUGCCUGUGCGGAUGCAUUAAAUCUUAUACCGGGAUGUAUACCUAUCUUAAAGUCUUUUGCCCUAGCCAGUUCAUCAAAUAUUGAUAAAUGUAGUUGGCAUAUUAUUUAUCCCUAUGGACAAUUUAUUGACUAUAGAGAUCUCAAAGGCUUUACGGAAAAAGUCAUUGAAUUG